AUGUCGCGCCAUCAGAAUGCAGAGGCAGGUCCGAGCAGCGGACGCAAGAGUAGCAGCACUUCUUCAUCUAGCAUCAAAGGCGUCCCCAAAGGUUUCAAAGAGUCCGACCUUCAAUCCGACUCCAACUUGACAGAUCUCGGCGGAGGUAAACAGAUUUGGAGCAUCAAGCUGCCGGAUGGUGUCAAACCUCGUGAUCUGGACAGAUUGAUCAUCAAGGUACCCCGCGCUACGGAACAAGCAGGCGCGCCGCUUGCUACUUUUGAUGCAACGACGGCCACACCUCAAGGCGCCGGCAAAGGCAAAUUGCUGCUCUACUCUUUGGCGCUAGCAUCGCAAGCCUCGAAUGCGCAAGCCAGCAAGAAAAGUCUCACAAGCUCGGGUGGAGCACCGGGCGUGGGAGGUGGAGACUCUGCAGCGCCUACACAAUUGAUAGCCAUGGCGGCGGGGUCCAGUCAGCGAAAGGGGGACGAGGAAGAAAGGAGGCAGCAGGUGUACAAUCAUCUGAGCUCAGGGCCUAUGGAGAUGGAAGGUAUGAGGCUGCUGCUUCCCAAAGGUCAAGCAGGUGGACUGAGACUGUGUGAGCGUAGAAUGCGCAACUGACUGCAUUCUCGAGUGAAUGGCAAAAAAGUGCUGAUCAGCGCUCCCAUCCGCUUUCCAUUGGGGCAGCAUCGGCGCCCAUCUCCCGGCAUCUGUACAUUGUGCGCAAUCCUGCUUCAAAGACCGACGAAGACGCUGCUUCGCAGCCUGUCGCUGCCCUGCCGCCAGUGCCCGAUCCCGGUACAGCAGGCACAGAUCGCAAGCGCAAGCAGCCCUGGGAGAAGCUCCAGGGAUACUUGUAAGUCAUCAAGCGUGCACACGACACGUCUUGAAGCAGUACGCGCAGACUGACGCUCGCCCACAUGCACCGCACAGCGAGCCCUCUGGUGCUCGAGGGGGAACAGAUAUGGGAGCCUUAACGAAGGUUCCAAAGAUCGAGCUUGCUGAUGAGUCCAGGACCGAGAAGCCAAUCUCCGUCAAGAAGGAGAAGCGCAAGGACAAAGACAAGCACAAGUCGAGCAAGGCGAAGGCUUGA